UGCGCAUGAGCAGAACGGAUGGUUCACGCUCCGAACGAUUCACGCCACACCGGGUCCGGGAUUACGAUGUGAAGCCUGUGAGUCGUGUUAACAACAACAAGUGAAGGUGUGGCCUGCGGAAGCGAAUAAGUGAAUGUAGUGAAACGAUCACUCUUAAGUAAAAAGUCAACAGAGAUGUACACAGUAAAGUUCAUUUGUCUGUGUAUAUGUGCAGUGAAUUGUGCUGAGGCCCAGUCUCCGACAACUUUUAAUCCUCCACAGGCAUGGACCAAAGAAGAAUUCCCUAAUCCAAGAUAUGAUGUCUACAAGUGUGGAAGAAAUGGGGUGAGAUCGUGGGUCUGUGAUCCGAAUAACAUACUGAAGAUCUACGAAGGUGACCAGCUUGAUGUUCAGCUGGAUCGUAUUCGUAAUGACUCACCGUGCGCGUGUGGUUACUGCCCGGCAGAUCGAAGCGGAUACCAAGUUGCUAUAGCUGUAGUUCCGAAACUCGCUCUACCGGCAGGAGUUCCUGACACGUCAAAUGAGAAACUAAUUGCCAUUGAAAAGUUCGCCGAUUACCUACGUAUCACCUCCUGGGGUUAUGGCUACUGCCAAGACAGCGUAGUUAUAGUACUGUCUACCCAAGACAGAAAAAUAUGGACUUCCACUGGAUCAAAAUCACGUCUCAAACUGACCAAUAACUGUAUCAACAAGGUGACGCAAGAAGUGAAAUCCUAUUUAAGUGAUGGUCGGUGGGCUUCUGGACUCCAAGCCAUGGUUUCUUCUUAUCGGGACGUCUUUUUAGGUCGCUUUAGCUGCAGCUCUACUGGGGGCGGGGGAAUGAUAGCAGGGAUUAUUAUCGGAGUCUUAGCGUUCACCGGCAUUUGUGUGGCCGCCAUCUACUGUAUCCUCCGAGCCGGCUACUGUGGUGGAUUCGGCGGUGGUGGAGGCUCGGGAGGAAGCCAUCAUCAUCACUGGGGAGGUGGCGGUGGCGGCGGUGGUGGCGGUGGUGGUGGCGUCGGUUACGUGCUCAGCGAGUGUACAGCAGGGUAG